CAAUGAACGUCACUGACAUAUAUGUCAUUUAGUUAGGCUGUGGCCGCUGUCACUGUCACAAUCUAUUAGUCGUAGAAAUGGCUACGGAACUGUUGUUUGUCCCUUUUAAAAAGGGGUCUGAUGUGGAUAUUAUUAAACCGCUCAGAAAUUUGAUAAACGCGACAUACAAUACCGGUGACCAGCAUGAAGAUUAUACAGAAGCCCUUAAUGAGCUAAGCCGAUUAAGGGCCAAUGCUAUUUGGAAAGUAUUCGAGAAAUCGUCGCUGGAGGUUAUCUACAACUACUAUGAUCAGCUUGCUUCCUUGGAAUCCAAGAUCCCACCACAGGAGGUGCAAAUCCCCUUCAAGUGGAAGGAUGCUUUUGACAAGGGCUCUUUGUUUGGAGGGCGGAUGAGUCUGACAAUCAGCUCACUGGCCUAUGAGCGCAUGUGUAUACUGUUCAACAUUGGUGCAAUGCAGAGCCUGAUUGCAUCACAGCAGACAGUGGAGACUGAGGAAUCCCUCAAGCAAGCCGCCAAGCUAUUCCAGCAAGCCGCGGGCGUGUUCGCGUACCUGAAGGCGAACAUCAUGAUGGCGGUGCACCAGGAGACCACGCCCGACCUCAACCCCGACACGCUGGACGCGCUCGCCAAGCUCAUGCUGGCGCAGGCGCAGGAGGUCAUCGCCUACAAGUGCAUUCGCGACGAAAUGAAGGAGAGCAUGGUCGCCAAGGUCUGCGCGCACUGCGAGGAACUGUACACGGACGCUCUGCGCGCCAUGCAGAAAGAGCAGCUCAAGGCGCUCUGGGACCGCGACUGGCUGCCGGCGAUGGCGUCCAAGCAGGCGGCAUUCCGCGGGCUGGCGCAGCUGUACCAGAGCCAGGUGUGUCGCGCCAACAAGGCCGUGGGCGAGGAGAUCGCGCGCCUGCAGCUGGCCGAGGAGCAGCUGCGCGCCGCCUGCCAGCGCGCGGCCGGCGCCGGCCUGCUGGCCGACCAGCUCACGCGCGCCUCGCGCCAGCUGGCCAGCGCGCGCAAGGACAACGACUUCAUCUACCACGAGCGCGUGCCCGAGCCCGCCGCGCUCGAGCCCGUCGCGCGCGCCGCCAUCGCCAAGCCGCUGGAGCCCCCGGCGCGCUGGGGCUCCGCGCGCGACCUGUUCGCGGCGCUCGUGCCGCUGGCCGUGCACCAGGCGCUGCAGGCGGCCGCGGCGCGGCGCUCCGACCUGGUGGCGCUGGAGAUCAACAAGCUGCGCGACGCCACGCAGCUGCUCAACAGUAUCCUGGCGUCGCUCAGCCUGCCCGCCUGCCUCGAGGCGGCCGACGGCGCGCUGCCCGACUCCAUCCGCGCGCGCGCCGCCGCCGUGCGCGACGCGGGCGGGCUGGCCGAGCUCACGCGCCUCAUGGCCGAGCUGCCCGAGCUGCUGCAGCGCAACCGCGACAUCCUGGACGAGGCCCAGCGCAUGCUGCGCGAGGAGGCCGACGCCGACGCCGCGCUGCGCACGCAGUUCGGCGCGCGCUGGACCCGCACCGAGUCCGCCAAGCUCACCGAGGCCUUCCGCGCCAACGCCGACAAGUACAGGCAGAUCAUCGACAACGCCGUGCGCGCCGACAACAUCGUGCAACAGAAGUUCGCGCAGCACCGCGACAACAUCGCGCUGCUCAGCGGCAGCGACGGCGACCUGUCGGCCGGCGUGCCCGACGCGCCCGACGGCGCCCCGCGCCCCGCCGCCGCCGCCGCCGACGCCGAGCGCUCGUUGCGGGCGCUCAUGCAGGACGUGGAGGCGCUCAAGGCCGAGCGCGACAGCAUCGAGGCCGAGCUGAAGGACACCACCGUGGACCUGCGCGAGCAGUUCCUGGGCGCGCUGGCGGCCGACGGCUGCGUGGACGAGCCGGCGCUGUCGGCGGGCGCGCUGGGCGCGGCGCUGGCGCCCCUGCAGCGGCGCGGCGCCGCCACGCUGGCGCGCCAGGCCGACCUGCUGGCCGCCGUGCAGGCGGCGCACGCGGCGCUCAUGGCGGCGCGCGGCGGCGCCAGCGGCCGGGACGAGGCGCUGGGCCGCCUCGCCGCCGCCGCCGACGCCUUCCAGGAGCUCACCGCCAACCUCAACGAGGGCAUCAAGUUCUACAACGACCUGACGCAGUUGCUGGUGGCGUUCCAGAACAAGGUGUCGGACUUCUGCUUCGCCCGCAAGACGGAGAAGGACGAGCUGCUGAAGGACCUAACGCAGGAGGCGGCGCGGGGCUCCGUACGGCCCGCGCCCGCGCCCCCGCAGCACCACAGCGACGCCGAGGUUACUGCUCCCAUUUGUUUACAAAACUUACAAAUUACAUUCUUACACUUUACAAUAUCGAUCGUAUACACAUUCGCGGGUCCGAUUUCCACCCGGAACGACUCUUUGUGUGGUUUACAAAUAUGUUGUCCAGGUCCGGGUGUGAUUUGUAUGUGACAUUUUUGUGGGGCAACGUUUUGUUUAUAGAAAUAAUAUCGAUAUAUUAAUUUUUGCGACAAUGAACCCAUGACACAUUUCGCGGUGGCCAGACACGAAUCGAGUUGAUGUUGUACUAGUAUUGCUACAACAACCGUUUCGUGGUUCUGAAUGUCCCCGCAUCACUCGUUGUUGCCAAGCUGUACAAGAGUGCGCAGGUUGCCUGCCAGGGUAAGUGUCCUGGCGUACACUGCGCCGCUCUACAGUACCGACUACCGGCGGCACUAUCCCUCGAUGUGGUCCACUAUAAUCAUUGUAUACAACAAACAUUUGUGUGGUUUACUAAGUUAUGGCACCCUGUCUGAAUAUUAUCAAUGACACCAUUCAUCUCCACCGCCUGGCAGCGUAUGGAUGCAAUACUUUUAGAUAUUAUGUUCAUCAAUUUGGUUCAUUUAUCAUGUAUCCACUUUAUCAAAAUUUGAGUUGGGGAUUUAGGAAAAUGGAUAUGAUAUUGAAAUAGUUUCGUGUAUUGCAGCCCCCCGCGGUGCGUAAAGAGGCUCCGCCCCGGCCCCCUCCCCCCGCGGCUCCGGGAGCCCCCGCGGCCCCCGCCGCCGGCCCCUCCGCGCUGCCUUACCCCCAACAACCGCAAGGCAUGCCGGUCCCGUACGGCGCGGGCGCGGCGUACCCGUACUACGCGGCGCCGCUGCCGACGCUGUACAACCCGUACGCCACGCUGCCCUACCCGCACCACGCGCGCAUGCCGCCGCCGCAGCCCUACGCGCCCUACCAGUACCCGGCGCCCGGCCCCGGGCCCUACGCGCAGCCCCCGCCCGCCGGGUACAACCCCUACCCGCAGCAGUAGGCGCGGACCUUGGCCUGCGUCUGACCUCUAUUAUAUUAUAGUUAAAUAUGCGCAUUUAACGAAUUUUCAAAAGGUAUGUGAUGCCCAAAUGAAGUAAAUUAUAUUACAUGUAUUAAGAUGAAAUCUCUGUACACCCAACGCGUAUCGUGUAGUCGUACGCGAGCCCGCCAAUAUUGUUCACAGAAUGCAAUGUUACGCUGGGGAAGUAUUAAGUAUUUACAUUUCUGUGAUUGAGCACGACGCGCGCCGCUGCUUACUAGAUGGGGAUAAAUCUCACUGCACUGUAAUAACAAACUCGUUUGUAAUUAUGUAAAAAAUAUAUUUGUUAUUAUUAUUCUUGAGAAAUAAAGUUAGGAUAAAUAAUUUUUUAAUAAAAUUGCUUAUUAUUUCCCGUCCUGUU